GUUGAACCGACUCUGAUCACGCGUGUAAAAACUCUUGUGCUUGUUUCAGAAGCUGGUCUAAAGCCACAAAGGUCUGACCGCCUCCGCCUCCGCGUACGUCCCCAACUCGGUCGAACGCCGCCGCCGGGGCUCUCUCCACCGCGAUCCCAGAUGGCGGCGCGAAUCGCGAUCCCAGAUGGCGGCGCGAAUCGCGAUCAUCAACGAGGAUAGGUGCAAGCCCAAGAAGUGCCGCCAGGAGUGCCGGAAGAGCUGCCCCGUCGUCAAGACCGGGAAGCAUUGCAUUGAAGUUACUCCGGAGUCCAAGACCGCGUUCAUCUCCGAAGAGCUGUGCAUUGGUUGUGGUAUUUGCGUCAAGAAAUGCCCAUUCGGUGCCAUUCAGAUCAUCAACCUCCCAAAAGAUCUGGACAAAGAUACCACCCAUCGCUAUGGCCCAAAUACCUUCAAAUUGCACAGGUUGCCUGUUCCAAGACCUGGCCAGGUUUUGGGCCUUGUUGGAGCCAAUGGAAUUGGAAAGUCGACUGCACUUAAGGUGUUAUGUGGCAAGUUGAAACCUAAUUUGGGGAAAUUCGAUAAUCCACCUGACUGGCAGGAAAUCCUUACAUACUUCCGGGGGUCUGAACUUCAGAAUUACUUUACGCGCCUGUUGGAGGAUAAUCUCAAGGCAAUCAUAAAGCGUCAAGACGUUGAAAGCAUUCCGAAAGCAGUUCAAGGGAAUGUCGGUCAACUACUUGACAAGUUAGACCAGAGGGGUGUUAAAGCUCAAUUGUGCAUUGACCUUGAAUUGAACCAAGUUCUGGACCGGAAUGUAGAAGAUCUUUCUGGUGGUGAGCUGCAGAGAUUUGCCAUAGCAGGCACUGCUGCACAAAGUGCAGAAAUUUACAUGUUUGAUGAACCAUCAGUUUACCUCGAUGUCAAGCAGAGGCUUAAAGCUGCACAAGUCAUUAGGUCCUUGCUUAGAGCAAACAGCUAUGUAAUCGUUGUGGAACAUGAUUUGAGUGUCUUGGAUUACAUGUCCGAUUUCAUUUGCUGUUCAUAUGGGAAACCAGGAGCAUUUGGUGUAGUUACGCUGCCAUUUUCAGUCCGAGAAGGUAUCAAUGUUUUCCUGGCUGGAUUUGUUCCAACAGAAAAUCUUCGGUUCCAAGAUGAAUCACUUACAUUUAAGAUUGUUGAAGCCCAGGAAAAUGCUGAAGAGAUUGAGACGUACCAGCGGUACAAGUACCCUACCAUGAGCAAAACAAUUGGAAAUUUCAAGCUCACUGUCAUGGAAGGUGAAUUCACUGAUUCUCAGAUUGUUGUGAUGCUUGGUGAGAACGGGACAGGGAAAACUACAUUCAUCAAAAUGCUGGCUGGGCGGCUGAAGCCGGAUACUGUGGAAGGAGCUGAGAUUGAAAUUCCUAAAUUUUAUGUGUCCCACAAGCCUCAGCAGCUUGAAACAAAAUUCCAGGGUACAGUGAGUCAAUUGCUUCAUCAGAAAAUACCGGAUUCAUGUGCUCAUCCUCAAUUUAGGUCUGAUGUCAUUAAACCACUACAAAUUGAGCAACUCAUGGACUGGCAAGUUACAAAUUUAUCAGGUGGAGAACGCCAAAGAGUGGCAUUAUGCCUUUGCCUUGGAAAGCCUGCAGAUAUAUAUCUGAUCGAUGAACCAAGUGCAUCUCUUGAUUCAGAGCAGCGUAUUGUUGCCUCAAAGGUUAUCAAAAGAUUCAUCCUUCAUGCAAAGAAAACCGCAUUUGUUGUUGAGCAUGACUUCAUCAUGGCAACCUACUUAGCUGACAAGGUUAUCGUUUACGAGGGACGGCCUUCUGUAGACUGUACUGCUAAUGCGCCUCAGACUUUACUAUCUGGGAUGAAUAAAUUCCUAUCGCAACUUGACAUCACGUUCAGAAGAGACCCAACCAACUAUAGGCCGCGGAUAAACAAGCUGGACUCUACGAAAGACAAAGAACAAAAGUCUGUAGGGUCCUACUACUACCUGUGAUACAGGCACCACGGUUGAUACUUUGGUACCGUUGCAACUGCAACGCACUCUGCCUGGGUUGCUUGUUGCUGGAGAAGAAACUGAACUGGAUUUGUCCAAAGGGGAGGCGAGACACGGCAAGGGAGCGACGGCUGGAGCGUCUCGAGGAGCAAGACAACAUGGAGGACGUCGGAGCAAGGAGACAGGCCAACGCCGCCAGCAGGCGGAGCAUGCUAACCUCCCAUGGAAUCUGGUGAAGGAAUGCAGAGAAAGGGAAGCAGGAAGUGCUGCAAGGUUGGAUCGGAUCAAGGAGCCUGCGCCAGAAGAAGUAAUCCCAACCUUUCGAACCCCUCCUGAACCUGGAGUGUUCUGUCGGGCUUCGGCCACAGUCAUUGCAGGAUGCUGUGAGAUGAAGCAACACGUUUGAUGUUGUCGAAGCCUCGGCACCGAGCUGAGAACUGCUUGGGCUUUUCUCUGAAGAAAAAAUUGGGUGUUGCUUGAACUUACGCGACUACUACGUUUUCUGUAAUAGGUUUGUACCAGGUUUUUUGCCCCAUAGCUUGUAUUCAGGUAUGAAAUACAAGCAGUGGGUUUUCCUGGUGAACAUCGAACUCAUAAUCUGCCUACUAUUUUCAAGAAAAAUCAUAUAAGAAUUUGCCGAGGGGCAAGUCUAUGCCUCGUAUAAUCUUUCGGCAGACCCCACCUGGUGGAGGAGCUUCUA